AUGUGCUUAAUACAAAACUAUGUUUUCAGAAAACGUGGAAGUAACCAAAUAAUCUACGAAGUCUAUGAAUAUGAAGAGCUUAAAGACUCGAGCAACAUAAAUAUCGAAGAUUGGAAUAAAAUGGCCGAAUUGAUCCAAAAGAAGUAUGAUGCCUUUGGUGGGUUCGUGAUUUUGCACGGUACCGAUACCAUGGCGUAUACGUCAUCGGCGCUUUCGUUCAUGUUUGGGAAGACUUGCAAGCCGAUCGUCUUAACCGGUUCUCAAAAACCUAUGUUCAAUAAUGACGGGAAGCCUAUUGAUGAUAGUGAUGCUAAAGAUAAUUUGCUCGGAGCGCUGUAUGUUGCAGGGCAUGUUGCCAUUCAGAAAGUUACAUUGUUUUUUAAUAAGAAGUUAUUCCAAGGAAAUCGUGUCAUUAAGUUUGAUUGCGAAGAGAAGGACGCAUUUUGGUCGCCGAACGUCGACGACCUUCUUCCGAAUGUCGAAGAUAUUAAUGAGAUAUACGACAUGAAGAGAUCAGAACAGAAACCUCUCACACACGGUGGUAUCACACAGUUCAACAAAAAUUAUGUUGGCAUAUUGAAGCUCUUUCCUGGAAUCACUGUGGAAACAGUGCGAAAUUUCAUACAACCGGAGAAUCAAAAGAACACCUACAUGAAAGGCAUAGUCCUAGAGACCUAUGGAGCAGGAAAUGCUCCUACUAAUACAGAUGAGCCUAGCAUUUUAAAUGAAUUGAAAACAGCAAUUGUUGGCGGCGUGCUGAUUCUAAACUGUACGCAGUGUGUAAAAGGAGUUGUUUCAAGUGACUAUGAAACUGGAAGAGUUUUGCUAGAUGCCGGUGUAAUUCCAGGGAGAGAUAUUACUCCUGAGGCUGCACUGGCAAAACUUCUCUACGUCCUUAGCAAAUGGGAUCGGAACGAAGAACAGCGAGAAAUGCUGAACAGUAAUUUACGCAAUGAGAUUAAUGAUACCAAAACUGUUACGAAUCUCGCCGCCGAAGAACCGGAGAAACUAAAUGCCAAGUACUCUGAGGCCACCACUUUGUCAAAGGUGUUUGUUAUUUACACUGGUGGUACCAUUGGAAUGACUGAGCGUGACGAUCAAGGUACGAUAACUUAG